UAUUCCGUUUUUCUUCCCGGUCGUGGGUUGAUGAUACAUUAUCGUCCGGUAUCGCGUGGCACCUUUUCUUCGGAAAAGCUUACGACGCGACCACAGAGUAACUCUGUGACGCGCGCUCUGAGAAUUAGGUUAUGUUGGCAUUCAAGAAAAACAGCAGUGGCGCUGUGGGCUACGCGACACGAGUAUAAUUAAAAUCAAUGUAACACAGUGCAGUGUUUCGGCACAGAGGUUUUCAGGGUGCAGUUUUUCACCGUAUUUGCUUGAACAAGAAAUGUCGAACGGAUUGACGAUGUUGAAUCAUGACAAGGGCACCGCAGGAACAAACUGCAAAGCGUCGACGGUCGGUCGUACCGCAAAUGCGUCUCCCGCGAAGGGGUCGCACGAGGGACACCUAACAGGGAUGGAGCAACCAAACACUCCGAGGCCUAAUCUGAAGAGGCCUGGAGAUUCGGAACCUGAAGGUGCCAGCAGUGCAAAGAAACGUCACAAAAAUCCACAACCAAAGAACGCAGUAUGCGCAUUGAACGAAUUGAAGACUGGAGCAGUGUACAAAGUAGUGGAUCAGACCGGUCCCACUCACGCUCCGAUAUUUACAAUCGCUGUACAGAUAGACGGGCAGACCUACGAAGGGAAGGGUCGUACCAAAAAGAUGGCGAAACACGCGGCCGCGGAACUUGCUUUGCGGAACAUCGUACAGUUUAGAAACACUCCAGAGGUUCACCAGGCAAUUAACACUUGCCAGCCUCUCGAGCCAGAUUUUACGAGCGACGUCACUGAACGCGACAAUCAUCUGGUGAACGCUUUCAAAACACUAAACCAAGAGCCAAAGAGUGCAAAUAAAUUUUUAGAUAAAGGUCCCGUGGCGCUUAUUAACGAACUGUAUCCCGGGGUCGCGUACAAAUGCGUAUCCGACAACGGCGAGAGUUACGCAAAAUUCACGAUAUCUGUGACCAUCGACGGGGAAACGUUCGAAGGGACCGGACCUAGCAAAAAGCUGGCCAAAGCUGCCGCUAGCAAGGCAGCUUUAGCCAAGCUGCGAAACGUGCACAGUUCCUCGUUCUGUAUACCUCUUCCCGUACGCGUGUUGCCUAACUUCUCGAACAGCAGCCACUGGCAAGAGCAGAUGCAAUUACCGCAAAUGUUGGCCGACAAAAUCGGGAAAAUGGUGAACCAGAAGUUCAGCGAGCUUAUACAAUCGAAGCCGCAACACGCUCGGCGCAAAGUUCUAGCGGGUAUCGUCCAAACCACAGGUUCAGAUGCUGAACUUAUAUGCGUGACAACCGGUACCAAAUGCGUAUCUGGAGAACAUUUGAGCGUCAGCGGUGGUGCUCUGAACGAUUGCCACGCCGAGGUGGUAGCACGGAGAUGUUUGUGCGAGUACUUGUACAAGCAGUUAGAAUUGAUUGCGGAAGAUAGGGCUGCAGAGUCCAUCUUGGAACCUACUAAGAACGGGUUUAAGCUGAAACAAGGCAUUCGGUUUCAUUUAUAUAUAAAUACCGCUCCCUGUGGCGACGCCAGAAUCUUUUCCCCUCAUGAAGAGAACGAGUCCGUGGAUAAACAUCCGAACCGAAGGGCUAGAGGUCAACUGAGGACCAAAAUAGAAUCCGGGGAAGGAACGAUACCCGUCAAAAGCAGCGAGGGUAUUCAGACGUGGGAUGGCGUUCUCAUGGGACAAAGACUGCUGACGAUGUCGUGUUCGGACAAAAUAGCUCGAUGGAACGUACUUGGUGUGCAAGGUGCACUUCUAAGCCACUUCAUCGAGCCAAUUUACUUCCACAGCAUCGUUUUAGGCAGUCUAUUGAACCCGAGCCACAUGUACAGAGCGGUCUGCGGACGUAUCGAGAACACGAUUCAAGGUCUUCCGCCGCCGUACAGACUUAACAAGCCGCUGAUGAGCCUCAUUACGUCUUCGGAAGUUAGGCAACCCGGGAAGGCGCCCAACUAUAGUGUAAAUUGGACGAUCGGUCAACCCGACGCUGAAGUGAUAAACUGCACCACGGGAAAGGAUGAAUUGGGCAAGCCCUCGAGAAUAUCCAAACAGGGGCUGUUCAAACGAUUUUACAACUUGCUGGGUAAACUCGAUACUAUAGAGGGCGCCGAUAAGAAUCAAUGCCGGCACUACCUGGAGGCGAAGUCUUCGGUACAAAAUUACUCGCUUGCGAAGCAUCAAUUGAAGGAGGCUUUUGUAAAGGCACACCUUGGGAGUUGGGUUAAAAAACCCAUCGAACAAGACAUGUUCGAGGUCGAUAUCUGACUAAAUCACAAUAACGAUAAAACCGCAAACGAUGAUACGGACAUUCGGGUGACCGAUUAUGUAGUUCCUACUGCAAACUAGAUCGCUCGUUCAGCGUGUUAUGAUAUGGCAGAAUGCGGCAUCAGUAAAGCAUAAAUCGUAGGAUCUCA